AUGCCAGAAGUUCUUGUCCAGCCUACCUUGGACUCAAUCAAGGCUUUUGUCAAGUCCUCAGCCGUAGAGGCCGCCCAAAACAAUACCAUCCCACCAAAUCUCUACCCGGUCUACGCCUACCUGCCGGCCCUCGACAUCACCCCCCACACCGCCUACCUAAAGGUCGCCCGACCCAGUGAUCCUUCUCGCGAACCCAAGCCUUCGUUUCUCUUUGAAUCUGCAAUUGGCGGUGAAAAUCUAGGUCGUUACUCCUUCUUUGGCUAUAAUCCCCGCAAGUCCAUCAUCACGGGUAAUGGUCAUGGCCCUGAUGUUGAUCCACUGUCAUUGCUUGAACAGGAACUUGCCCAGUGGAGACAAGCCCAAAUUCCUGCUGUUCCUGAUCUCUCAGGUGGUGCUAUAGGUUACAUUGGCUAUGACUGUGUCAAAUAUUUUGAACCUAGAACCGCUAGAGAUCUCAAAGACCCCCUCGGGCUCCCUGAGGCUGCCCUUAUGCUUUUUGACACUGUCAUUGCAUUCGAUCAUGUUUACCAAAAGAUUCAAGUUAUCCACAAUAUCCAUCUCGAUGACUCACCAGAAGUACUUGCUGAAAACUAUAAGGAGGCCCAGAAAAUUAUCACCGACAUUGCAAACAUCCUAGACUCAUCAGAAUCUUACCAGCCGCCUCAGCCAGAAAUCAAACUCAAUGCCGAGUUCACCUCUAAUAUUGGCCAGGAGGGCUAUGAGAACCACGUCCGCACUCUUAAAAAACACAUCCUCAAGGGAGAUAUCAUCCAGGCUGUCCCCUCGCAGCGCGUUGCGCGGCCUACUUCUCUCCACCCCUUCAACAUUUACCGUCAUCUCCGCACUGUCAAUCCCUCGCCAUAUCUCUUCUACAUUGACUACCUUGAUUUUCAGGUCGUUGGUGCAUCCCCAGAACUUCUCAUCAAAUUCGACAAGGGCCGCAUCAUCACUCAUCCUAUUGCAGGUACCGUCCCGCGUGGUAAGACUCUUGAGGAGGACAACAAGCUGGCAGCCCAGCUUGAAUCUUCCACUAAAGACCGCGCUGAGCACGUCAUGCUUGUUGAUCUUGCCCGUAACGACAUCAACCGUGUAUGCGACCCUCUCACCACCAAUGUUGACCGUCUGUUGACCAUUGAGCGCUUUUCGCACGUUAUGCAUCUUGUUUCUCAAGUAUCAGGUGUGUUGCGUCCGGAAAAGACCCGCUUUGACGCGUUUCGCUCGAUUUUCCCUGCAGGUACUGUUUCUGGUGCUCCUAAAGUACGCGCCAUGGAGCUCAUUGCUGAGCUCGAGGGUGAACGCCGCGGAAUCUAUGCCGGUGCAGUUGGCAGCUUUGGCUACGACUCCAAAUCCAUGAACACGUGCAUUGCUCUUCGUACCAUGGUUGUUAAGGAUGGUGUCGCGUAUCUCCAAGCUGGUGGUGGCAUUGUCUUUGAUUCGGAUCCAUAUGAAGAGUACAUCGAGACCAUGAACAAAAUGCGCGCAAACAACACCACAAUUUGCCAGGCAGAAGAGAUCUGGGCAAAGAAGCUUUCAUCUUAG